AUGAUUCUCAACUUGGUCCUCAUCUUCGGUAUCAUCCAAAUCCUUCGCAAGUUAGAUCUUGAGGAUCCCGUAAUUAUCACAUACAUACGGCUAGCGUAUUUUGUCUCGCAAAUCAUUAUUCUAGCAUUAUACUAUGUUAUCAGUCUAAAAAUAGAGAAGAGCAAUGAUCUUACAUCUUUAAAAUACGUUGAACCCGCAAAGCCAUUUACUAACGAGCAACCCAAACCUGUGAAGACAAAUUAUCGUGACUAUGAUCGUGAGAAGUUGCAGGAAGCUUUAAAAACCGCUUUAACAGGAGCUGGCAUCAUGAUGGCAUUCCACCUCUAUUUUAAUCUCACACAACCGUUAGCUCUCCAAUCCAUUAUGUCAGUAAAGACAGCAAUCCAAUCACCUCUCGCUAAGAUUCAUAUCUUGGGACAAAAGGCUGAAGGUGAUCUUAGAAGACCUUGGAAGAACCCGAAUCCGUUUGCCUUUGGUGAGGCUAAUCAACCACAGGUUGAUAAGCAGGCGAUAAAACGGGCGGAGAAAGCGGAGAAAGCGGAGAAGAAUGCAAAGAACAAGGACGAUUAA